AAUUAAAAAUGGAAUUUUUUUGAAGAAAUUUUUUUGUUAAAUAAAAUUGAAAAAUUGUGAAGUGACUGCUCGUGAAUCCCGAACAAACCCGAGGUUAAUUCCCAUGAUGAGACGACUAUUAUUAAUUUAUUUAAUUAAUUGAAAAAAAGUUUUAUUGGUGCCGAAUUAAAGAACAAAUUUUUUAUUUUCUUUGAGGACUUUAUUUGUGGUAUAAUGUUUUUAACCUCAAAUUUAAAUGACAAUUUGAUGAUUAAUAAUUUUCAUAUGUUUAAUCAAUUUAUUUUAAAGAAUUAUUUCUUUGAUUUUCUUGAAUUUUUAACAAAAUAAAACAAUUUAUAAAUAUGACUGACCAAGCAGACGGUGAAAUAGUUGCAGCACAACGAGCACUCCAGAUAGCUUUUCAGACAAUGCAGGAACGCUGUCAUCAGCUAGAAAAUCGGCUUGCUGCUGUCGAAGAGGAAAAUAUUAAAUUAAGGAUUGAAAAAGGCAAAGAAGUGUCUUACGAGCUGGUUAUUCCUAAUGACGAUCCAUUAACUGUCCAACAACUCCAGGAAAAAAUAGAAGAAUUAACGAAACAAAAAUCACAAUUGACGCAUCAUGUCCUGAUGGUGGCUGGUGAGAACCGGCAGCUCUGGAAUAGACUUACCAGGUUAACAAGAACUAACAAGAGUCUAGGAAACAAGUUGAUAAAAAUAUCCGAUACAUUGAAGCAGAACCAGGCCAGUCAACCGAAUAAUGAGGUUUGCAGUAUUAAAGACGAAACUUUCAAUGUUCCGAAGAGUUACGAUGAAGCUAACUCGGAAGAUGAAAAUAAAGAUGUUAGUCUUGAGGAAAUUUCUUUGAGAUUGAUCAAUAGUAUUAUGUUGGAAAAAUCUGAGCUUGAACAACAGUACACUGAAAUGCUGGCAUUACAAAAUGGAGAUGAUAUUAAAUUGAGAAAUGUUGGAUUUGCAUAUCCGGAUGAUAAUAACGAUUCAUUGCAACAACUUAAACAAUAUGAGAAUAAAUUAUUUCAGACGAAGAAUAAUUUAGUACAGCAGCAAUUAAAAUUGAAGAAAGUAUUACAUAAUUUGUGUAAAUUAAAAAAAGUAAGCAAAAAAGUAUGUCAAACUGGUACCCAGUUUGAUUCUGACGACAGCCUACGUGAGCACGGAUCAACACAAACAAGUCUUCCACCAGAAGCUUUACACCCGGACAAACCCGACCAAGAAACAGCCAAAAAUUCACCAGUAUCAGGAAAAAUUUGUCCCAUGUGUGGAUCAUACUUCGAGCCAAAAACUUCGUUCAACAUUUUUCACGAACAUGUUCUCAGCCAUUUUUCAUCAGACCUAUCAACAGAAGGUGAAUUGUUAUCACCCUAAUCAGUACCUUGAACUCAUGCUAAAUAAAUAAAAGAACAAAAUAAUUCAAACGAUGAAUUAAAA